AUGCACACCAGCCCAGCCGCGUCCGCCGCGUCCACGCCCCUCAAGCGCCUCGCCCUCCACUCCACCUCCACCUGCGCCGCACAGGCCUCCGCCUACGGCAAGUGCAUCGUCGCCACCUACACCGACGUCCGCAAGGACAGCUGCAAGGCAGAGUUUGACAAGUUCCGCGCCUGUCUCCGCACCGCCGUGCGU